GCCUCUGUGAAAGCCAUGGUCACCCGGGCGGCCGGGCCAUGGUGUUAAUGGUCAACUCUUUGUUAGUUCAGAGAGUCCGAGCAGAGCUCAGGGUAGUUCAGUCAACAGGAAAGGUAAAGAGGUCAGACAGGAAAGGAUGUAUCAGAAGGCAGUUCCUACAGAGCUGUACAGAGAACACAGUCUAUAUACUAGCCUAGUACUUGUCUGCCUGCCGGAGAGAGACUCUGCACAACUACAAGGUCUGACCAGUCUCUUAAUAUAAUGGAAGUAUUAUAAGGCCAAGAGGCACCAUGGAGCCAGGUGGUGUGAACAUUCCGGAGCCCACCAUGGCACUGCCUAGACUCCAUCCAAUUGUAGAAGAUGAAACAGAAGGAACAGAGGACUCAAGAUCAAUGGAAGAAAAAGGUGCAGCAAUAGGGGAACAGAGCAGGAGAGACAGUGCUGAGCCUGAGCAUGGAUCCUCCAACCACAGUCCGAUAUCCUUUGUUGCUUCUGUGAAAAGGGCUAUUUCUUCUAUCGGGUCAAAUGCUGAAUCUUGUACUUCGGACUUUGUCCACAUUACCGAUUGCUUAAAGGAGAAAUCCAUAAAGUUCUGUGACCAAUCAGAUGCCCUUGUAUCAGAUCUCAAUCUCCACUUGGUCAUGGUCAGAAAAGGAAAACACGAUGCCCAGCUGCAAGCAGAGCUCAGGAACCGGCUGCGCCUGCUGGAGAAUGACAAUAAGGAGGUUGCUGCUGUCUUCUGUGAGCUAUCAGCACGGCUGUUGUCUAUUGAGAGUGAUAAAGAUCUAAUAACUGUGACCUUCCGAACGUUUGAGGAGAUCUGGAAAUUCUUCACCUAUUACUCACUUGGCUUCUUGAAUCACUGUAUGGAAAACAUAUUUUUGGACCAGACUUUUUGGCUGACCUCAUUAGAGGAUGAAGGUGCUGGAAUUCAAGUUCUGGUUAAUGAGGAAUCCCUAAACCACAUUUAUAAAGGUCUACUAAUGGAUGAAGGGAUUUAUUUCACCCUUUGCGCUGACAAGUGUAUACGACAAGCCACUGUUGUUGAUAACAAAGUUCAGAUAAUUGAGUCGAGCCCGGCAGCUCAGCGACACACAGCAGGGUGGACCCAGCCAGAUUCCUCUGCUGAAGACAGUGGACUUUCCACAGAAGCUGAACCUCUCUGUCCAUUUCAUCAGUGGUUCUUGAGAGCAAAUGUAGGUUCAGACCUUGUAGAUUUUGGGAAAUCAGAGCUGAGAAACCAAAUAGCUGUAGGUUGGACAGAAGCUGUAAUAAAUUACGAAAGUGAUGUCCCAGAUGAGAUAUCCUAUCAGAACGGAGACAUCAUUGAGACAGUCAGCACAUACAUAGAAUGCAUGGAGUGGUUUGUAGGAAGAAAUGUGACCUCCAACUGUGUGGGCUUUGUGAGAACCAGAAAUGUGAGACCUUAUACAUCGGAUCAUGGGCAAGGAAAUUCAUCUUCUUUUGUAUGUGAAGGCACAAUAUACACAAGGAGCACAGAAGACUUUGAUUUGGGUGCUGCAAAAACAUUACUGCUAAGGAUAUCUCAUUCUGAGGUCUGCCAUGUGUAUAAACUAGAUGAAUUUGAGAAGAUAAAAGUUCACAGAAAUAAAGUUUCAGAAGAACAUCAUCCGACAUCAAGCAACGACAGUGAAAACCUAAAAGAGACAUUGGAGGAAUCUUUGGUGAAGUCCAACGCUGGUCCAGAUGAAUUUGCUGACAUUGAAGAGAAGAACACUGACUCUGCUGAGUUGCAGACAACCUGUGACUUAUGUGAGGACACACGUUUCUGUAUUUGUGAAGAGCAGUAUGAAUGGCUGCAGUCAUUACUUCAGUUUCUAAAUAGCGGAACCUAUCUCCCAGGCUUCAGAAAGCUCUAUGAUGUCUCGUAUACGUUUCUAACUAGCCUGUUUUAUGAAUACGGAGAAGAGGAAGAUCUGGUUCGGUAUCUCAGUGUAGCACGAGAAGCAGCAAAGAAAGCCAACAUGACCUGGGCCCUGGCAAGGCUUUGCUUUCUUCUCGGCAGGCUUUGCACCAAAAAGCACAAGUUCUCACAAGCAAGAGUUUACUUUGAGGAAGCAAUGGGUGUCCUAAAUGGGGAUUUUUCAGACAUUUUUCUCUUUACUGCAAUCCACAUGAACUUAAACGCUAUAUACCUGAAACAAAAAUCCAAAGAGAAGAGUUUGCAAAUGAUGGGCAAGUCUUCAUCCCUUAUCCUUGGACUACAAAACUAUAUUAGUAAUACAGACAUAGAACCCGUGGUUCUUAAAAAUGCCUUAAAAAGGGCGAUAUUGAGCCAAGACCAGAAAAGUGAAAGAAAUGCUUGCUUGCUCUUAGCCAAAACAUUUACCAGUUUAAGGCGAUAUGAUGAAGCUCUUCCCUACGUAGAGCGUUUACAAGUUUUACAGAACAUGACGGAUUCAAGUAGCUGUUCGCCAUUAAGAUACUACUUCCAACUCGCUGACAUGUACAGUCACAAGUGUCUGCCACAUUUGACCCUGAGCUGUGUGAAGGUGGCUUCUCAGACCUCUUGUAGCAUGAUGGACUCAUUAAGAAGGGUUGAUUUCAUCAUUAAAAAUGCUUCUAAGUUGUGUGGAAUGAAAAGACCUGGAAAUAAGACAUUUCCAACUCAGAUUGCCUACCACUUGAAAUGUGCCUUGUCAUCAGCGGUCACCAAACAAGAACAGGAGCUAUGCACUUUUAUGUUUCUAGGUAUAGCUGAGCUUUGUGCAGCUCAUCGACUAUAUAAGGAAGCUCGAUUUUACAUUAUGAAAGCAGUGCACUCCGGUAUAAAAAUGCAGUACAUGGUGGAUAUUUGGGUCUGGCUCGCCUGGUUGUAUAUGCUUGAAGGACACAGUAAUGAAGCUCUAGAUAUACUGAACUUUAUGGUGUCAUUUUCAGGUUGUACACAACACCAGAUGGGCAUUAUACACAAUCUUAUUGCUAUUGCUCUACAGCGGAGAGGUAUGAUUAAAAAUGCUGCUAGUCACUACUGCAAAGCUCUACAGAUCUCAAAGGAUGCAGACAACUUCCAAAACCAAGCAGUGGUGUUGGCGAACCUUGGCACUCUAUGUUUACAUCUAAAAUCUAGAAUUGUGGCCGAAUGUUUCUUAGUUAAAUCUGUAUCAAUUUACUCCAGCAUUCCGCUUGUCAAUAACAGAGCUGAUUUUAUUCAUGUUUUAAUGGUCCUUGGUCACCAUUACAUUGCUGGAGACCAGAAGGAAACAGGAAGACUUUAUUAUGAAUGGGCUUUACUUGUAGCAAUUGAAGCAAAGAACUUACAAGGUCAGCUCCAUGCCGUCCAGCUUCUGUGUCAGUUCUACAGCACAUAUAUGGUUAAUGAGGCUCAGUGCAUCAUUUACAAUGAAUACCAAUUGUCCUUAGCCAGGAAAAUGGCAGACAAAGUAUUGGAAGGCCAAGUGAUUGAAACCAUCAGUAAACUGUACUUAUCUCUAGGUACUGAAAGAGCCUGCAGGUCGGCCCUGGAAUACACCAAAAGGUGUCUGGGUAUUUUUAUUGACCUUCAAGCCAAAGAGAAGGAAGCCUAUGCAUGGCUAAUGGCUGGGAAGAUUUAUUAUAUUCUGGGUCAGAAUGAGCUGGUGGAUCUGUAUAUUCAGGUAGCUCAGAAUGUAGCGCUGUGUACUGGAGACCCAGAGCUAGGAAUGGCCCUGUAUGAAGCUUGUGGAGAUAUAUUCUUCAAUGGGACCAGUGACAGAGACAAGGCAGUGACCUUUUACCGGGAUCGCGCCCUUCCGCUUGCUGUGAAGACGGGGAAUGAGAAAGCUGAACUUGAGCUCUGUAAUAAACUCACCGGCUUAUUGAUGAGCAUUAAGGAAUAUGAAGAAGCGCUGGACUAUGCCAAAACAACGUUAGCACUGAGUGUGAAUUUAGGGAAUCCGCUGAAUGAGCGAGUAGCUUAUCACAGACUAGCUAAAAUCUAUAGUCAUCUGAAUCAGUGUGAACUGGCUGAACAUUUCUACCUGAAGGCCCUGUCCCUCUGCUCUUCCCCUCUGGAGCUGGAGGAAGAAGCCAUCUACUACAUGAAGGUCUACCUCAUCCUGGGAGAUAUCAUAUUCUAUCACCUUAAGGAUCCAUACGAUGCAGCAGGAUACUAUCAUCUUGCACUGGCGGCCGCAAUGGAUUUAGGCAACAAGAAGUCUCAGCUGAAGAUUUACACCCAGCUUGCUGUUAUCUACCAUAAUUUCCUGGUAGACAGAGAAAAAUCCCUCUACUUUUAUCAGAAGGCCCGGACCUUUGCCACAGAUCUGAAUGUACGAAGGAUCAACCUUGCUCCUGCACAGUAUUAUCAGAAUCCUCCAUAAGGGUUAUUAAAUGG